GACAAUCGCUGACAGUUUUUAAUUUGUUGAAUUUUAGUAGUCCUAAUUUAAGUUGUAAGCGAUUCUUUGAAAAUUACUAAAAUGGAUUCCAUACUGGGAAGGCCGCAAUUCCUAAGCGAAACUGUUAAUUUGUUUACGGAUGAGAAAACCGCAGCGGCAAGAGCUAGAGUUGUGGAAUGGUUUAAUGAAAUGGCCACAGGUGAUGCCCAAGUAAAAUGUGAAUUACUGGUGAAGAUACAGGAAACCAUAAUUGGAUCUUGCGUUGAGUUGUUGGAAGAGUUUUUGGAAUCUAUUCUAUCGUUGGUACAUGACACCAACAUGGAAGUGCGCAAACAAGUUGUGGCAUUUAUGGAGCAAAUCUGCAAGGUGAAGGUGGAGUGUUUGGCGCAAAUCAUAAAUUUAGUAUCCAUGUUGUUGAGAGAUCGUUCACCACAAGUAAUAAAACGUGUCAUACAAGCCUGUGGCAGCAUUUAUAAAAAUGGCCUACAAUGGAUUUGUGCACAACAAGAAUUGACUGACAGCGGCGAGAAAGCUUGGAAUGUCCUUAGCCUGAUAAAGGCACAAAUAUUGGAUUUAAUUGACAACGACAAUGACGGCAUACGCACAAAUGCCAUUAAGUUCUUGGAAGGCGUUGUUGUACUACAAAGUUUUCCCGAUGAGGAUAGCCAAAAGAAGGAAAAUGACUUCUCUCUGGAGAACAUACCAGAAACAUUAAAAAUCAUUAAAAGACAAAAACUGGAAGAGGAGGCUUUAAAUAUUUUCGAUAUUUUGUUAAGAUUUCAUGGAGCAACACACAUUUCUUCGGUUAAUUUAAUAGCAUGCACCAGUAGUUUAUGCACCAUAGCUAAAAUGCGUCCUAGUCUUAUGGCUCCUGUGGUGGAGGCCUUUAAACACCUGAACUCCAACUUGCCGCCAACAUUGACCGAUUCGCAAGUCAGUUCGGUGAGGAAAAGUUUAAAAAUGCAAUUGAUAGCAUUGUUGAAGAAUAAAGGUUCCUAUGAAUACCAAUCGGCCAUUAAACAUAUGCUUUUGGAUUUGGGAGCUUCGCAGGGGGAAAUACAACGUUCCGUACCCAAGAUGGACAAACAGGAACAAUUGCGAAGACAAAAAAGGAUUUUGGAGAAUGCAACAAGUAAUUUGUCCAAGAAAAUGCGUUUAGGGCCGCAGCACGACCGUUUGGACGAUGCUGAAAAAUCUAAGGAACAAGAAAUGGUAAUCGAUGAGGAGGAAUUGGAAAAACAGAGACAAAAAUCAAACAAAGUUAAUGAGAAAUAUAUAGCGGAAAAUAUUAGAUCCACAGAGGUUGCUGUAAAUUUUGUGGUAGAUUUCUUGCCAAAAUUGCCGGAAAGCGCCCCCGAAGCAUUUCUCAGUGAAUAUGUGCCCAUUAAAGAUCUAUCUAUACCACAACAGGUUUCAAAAAUAUCCAAUUUAUUGGGGCAACAAAUGACCGAGCAGAAGAUUGGACCAGGAUCGGCGGCCUUCACCAAAGAACCUCCCAUGAAAGUAAAGGUGGUAGAAGCCUCAGCCGAAGAGGCCAUGGAUGUCGAUGCAACCCCUGCCUCGGUGGAUGAAGAACAAUUGCGUAAGGAGGAGGCCACCAAAAAGCUAAGGGAAAAUAUGGAGCGCGUCAAGGGAGAGCAGGAGCUCAUUGAACGCAUGAAACAAAAGGCCAAAGCUUUGAAACUGCAAGAGGUAACCAAACCCUUCUCCCGAGCUACUAAAGAGAAGUUCCUUAUGGAUUCCGUCAAACGGGUGCUGAGUGCCGAAAGGCAAUGUAUUGCUGGUGGCGUCUCGGCAAAGAGAAGAAAGUUGCUCACCAUUAUGGCUGCCACCUUUCCUGACAAUGUGAGAUAUUUCAUAUUCGACUUCAUUAUGCUGGAUAUAAAGCAGAGAAUAGAUUUGGCCUUCUCUUGGCUGUACGAGGAAUAUUGCUUGCUGCAAGGUUUCACUAGACAUUCCUAUGUGAAGUCCGAAAAUCGUCCCGAUCAUGCAUACAAUGAACUCUUGACCAAACUAGUAGAAGGCAUUAUAGGCAAAUGUGAAUUUCGCGACAAAGUUAUAUUAUUGAGAAGAGUAUUUAUGGAAGCUCCUUUGUUGCCCGAUGAGGCAUUGAAGAUAUUAUUGAGUGAGGUGCUGAAGGAGGAUUACGCGGCUCAUGGUCUGGAAUUGCUAAAAGAUUUGUGCAUAUUAAGACCACCAAGAAAAGCAAAAACUUUGAGGUAUUUGCUACACUUUUCUGUCCAUGAGAGAGACGAUAUAAGGGACAAGGCUUUGGAGCAUAUUGUGGACUUGUAUAAUACACAAAAAUUACUACCACCACGCAUUGAGGAAUUCGCCUUGGAGUGGUGCACAUUUUUAAAGAAGGAAAUACCUCCAGCCGUCAUCUUCGGCGAAGAGUAUGGCAGACCUGUUGUAGAGACCGGCUGGAGAGAAGAGAUUGCCAAAAUAUGUCUAACGGUAAUGCUGGCCCUGAUGCCACACAAACCAGAAUUGUUCUUGGACAAGCUUGUGCACAUUUAUACCAACACAUCGGCCGAUUUGAAAAGAACUAUGUUGAGAUCCAUAGAUGGGGCCAUCAAAGCACUGGGACCUGAGAAUGUGCUGCUUUUAAAGCUUAUCGAAGACUGCCCCAAGGGCUGCGAGACAUUGAUUAUACGCAUUAUCUAUAUAUUGACUGAAAGGCAGCCGGUACCACAGUUGGAAUUGGUACUUAGAGUACGCGAACUUUAUGCCAAUAAGAUUAAAGAUGUGCGUGUUUUGAUACCCAUUUUGGCCGGCCUCACCAAGCCGGAGAUAAUAAAAGCUUUGCCCAAGUUAAUCAAACUCAAUCAAGUGGUGGUUAAGGAGAUUUUUAAUCGCUUGCUGGGCAUAGGACCAGAAUUUUCCAAUCAAAUGAUGGCAACUAGUCCCGCCGAUGUCUUGGUGGCUCUGCACACCAUAGAUGUUAACGAGUGUGACCUAAAGUUUAUUGUCAAAGCCACCUCAAUGUGUCUGGCAGAAAAGGAGGUUUUCACUCAGGAUGUUUUGAUUGGUGUGCUGCAACAAUUGGUUGAAAUAGUACCAAUACCCACACUGUUGAUGCGUACAAUUAUACAAAGUUUGACCUUGUACCCUCGCCUGGGUAAUUUUGUAUUGAAUCUCUUGCAAAGACUAAUACACAAACAGGUGUGGCGACAUAAAGUCAUAUGGGAGGGUUUCUUGAAAUGUGUGCAGCGUUUAAAGCCCACUUCCUUGCCGGUGUUGUUGCACUUGCCUGCGCCCCAGUUGAAUUCGGCACUAGAACAAUGUCCCGAUCUGAGACAACCGCUUUUGGAAUAUGCCCAAAGCAUAGAGGAUGAGCCCAUGUCGGGAGUAACGCCACAGAUUAUGGAUAUAAUAACAGGCAAUGCGGUGGAUGUGUUUAUUACCGACGAUUCUGGUGGUUUUAUAUCCGUGGAAAACAUCAAGAAGGAAAUCGAGGAGCCCAUGGAAAUAUCGACAAUUUCCACCGUUUCCACUGUACCCGUUAUAAGCACCGUAGUGCCAGUAGCCCAACCGCCCGCUUCAGCUACAGCUAUGCUUCCUGACGCCAACCAACCUUUGCCUCCCGGGGAGGAAUAAUUUGUUUUUAAUGUCUUUAUAAUUUGUAUUUGAGUCUAUAAAAAGACCCUUCUGUUUCUAAUCACAAUAUAUGUAGUCUUAGAUUAUGUA